AUGCAGGGCUCACCCCGCAGGCGCUCGGCAGUCAGCAUUUUUAGCCACUUUUUCCAGGGCCGGAGGCAUUCCUCCUCCGAUCCCCUCCUGCGCCUGAGCCAGCGGCGCCGGAGCUCGGUCGUGGAGCUGCUCUCCUCAUCGACCCACCGCGUUAUGGUGGCUCUGUCGUCUCUCAGUCCCGAGGAGCUGGAUGCAACUUUUCCGGAAAGAAAAAGGAGUUCGAGACGUCCCACAGCAAAGUACACCAAGGUGGGGGAGCGACUUCGGCACGUCAUCCCUGGCCACAUGCAGUGCUCCAUGGCGUGCGGAGGACGCGCCUGCAAGUACGAGAACCCAGCGCGCUGGAGUGACCAGGAGCAAGCCAUCAAAGGCCUCUACUCCUCUUGGAUAACAGAUAACAUACUGGCUAUGGCUCGACCCUCAACAGAAUUAAUUGAGAAGUACAACAUUAUUGAGCAGUUUGAAAGAUGUGGCAUAAAAACCAUAAUUAACCUUCAGCGUCCCGGGGAGCACGCGAGCUGUGGGAAUCCACUGGAACAAGAGAGCGGCUUCUCCUACCUUCCUGAAGCUUUUAUGGAGGCUGGAAUUUACUUUUAUAAUUUUGGAUGGAAGGAUUAUGGAGUGGCAUCUCUCACUACUAUACUGGACAUGGUAAAAGUCAUGGCUUUUGCCCUGCAGGAGGGGAGGGUGGCUGUGCACUGCCACGCAGGACUUGGGAGGACAGGUGUUCUCAUAGCUUGCUACUUAGUUUUUGCCACAAGAAUGAGUGCUGAUCAAGCAAUUCUUUUUGUCAGAGCAAAAAGGCCUAAUUCUAUCCAGACCAGGGGGCAGUUACUGUGUGUCAGAGAAUUCACUCAGUUCUUGGUACCUCUGCGGAAUGUGUUUGCAUGCUGUGAGCCCAAGGCACACACAGUGACCCUGUCCCAGUACCUGACCCGGCAGAGACAUCUGCUCCACGGCUAUGAGAGCAGACACCUCAAACAUGUGCCAAAACUGAUUCAUCUGGUUUGCAAAUUGUUGCUUGACUUGGCUGAAAACAGACAAGUGAUAGAGGCAGAGCUAUUGGAUGUCCAGGACCUCUCAGCUGAGAUCGAGGAGACUGUUUCUCGGCUGGUGUCCACACAGCUAGACCAAGAGUUCAUCAGGCAGGACAGUGACGUGUCAGACUCCUCCCACAGCCACUCCGCUUUUGAGACCCAGGAUUCUCAGUUCUCCCUGGGACAUGACUGUGAUUCUCUUUGGAAACGAAAGAAUGUCGAAUGCCUUCAGCCUCUUACUCAUCUGAGAAGGCGUCUGAGCUAUAGUGAGUCAGAUUUAAGGAGAACUGAGUUUCUUGUAGAACCAGACGACACUGUCUGGAGAGUGCCUGCUCAGAUAUUACUGCACAACAAACUUAAACAGAACAGUGGUGAGGAAUGUGAACCAAAGCCACAGCUGGGAUUAAACAAAGAAGUAUUAGUGCGUAACACAUGCAUGUUCUGGAGUCAAGGCAAAUUUAAUCUGGAUGGACGAAGAGAUGGAUCCUCACUUUAUCACAGAAGGAACUCUACCAAAGAAGUACAACGCAGCAGAACCUUUUCUUCAGGCCUCACCUCUAUCCACAAUCCCAGGGAACCUGGAACACCGAGAGACAACUUUGCCAAUGAGAUGGGUCAUAGGAAGAAGUACAAGAUUAAUAUGUAUGGCAGAAGAAUCUCUGUCUCUGAGGACUCUGAUUCUUCUUCUUCUUCCAAAGCAAACUCUUCCAUUGGAUAUGAAAGCCAAGGUAGCCGAGAUGUGUCAGAGACAAUUCCACACAUUGUUGUGCAGUCAGAGCUAAGUUUGGAAGCCCGAAGAGUUUUAGCAGCAAAAGCACUUGCAGAUAUAAAUGAAUUUCUGGGAGAGGAUGAAGUGAAGCAGAAGGUAGAAAUGUGGCAGAAAGAACUGAAUUCUCGAGAUGGAGCUUGGGAUAAAAUCUGCACUGAGAGAGAUCCUUUUAUCCUCUGCAGCUUGAUGUGGUCCUGGAUAGAGCAGCUGAAAGAACCUAUUAUAUCCAAAGAUGAUGUUGACAUGCUGGCAAAAAAUUGCACAGAAGCACAGGAUGCACUCUACUUGCUGAGAAAGGAACAGUGUCAGACUAUCCUUUGUAUUUUACACUGUGUGGUGAACUUGCAAAUGUUGCCAGCAGAUGUGGAGGAGGCCUUACUUGCUCGUGCUAUUAAAGCUUUCACUAAGACAAGCCUUGAUUCUGAAGAUGGACCAUACGUUUACGAUACCUUGAAAAACGUAUUUAAACAAACCCUGGAAGAAAAAAGGAAAAGGAUUAAGGAAGGAACAGAGAAUCCUUCUUGA